AAAUAUGGACUCGGGUCUAAAAUUUUGCUCAAAUACCUUAGAUACAACACAGUUAAAAGCACUUGAAUUAUGGACUCAUCAGUUAUUUCAACCUAUAAACCUUUCCAGCUCCAGGGAAAGGCGGCGAAAGUUGAAAGAUGCGAGGAUCUCUCAAUUACGAACUAAAGUAUUCCUACUAUCAUGCCUCGGACAUAUAAGAUUAGUUAACAAGUUGGUAGAUGGACAGUUUUUGAGAGCAUUAACGCUGUCUUAUUUUGAAAAUCAUUACAACGGCUCACAGGAACCAAGGAAGCUUUUUAACUUCAUCAAUCAAAGAUUCAUGGUUCUGAAUGAAAUUGACAAUGAAGUUAUAAGGUUCGGUCGUGGAAGGCUAAUAUUUCGAUUCAUGAGAUGUCUACAUAUACAUAAGGCAACACCCGAAAUUCUGGCCAUGCUAUUUGUUUCUGCAUGUCGACUGUACAACAUAUCAGCUCGUCUUGUCAUAUCAAUUGAAGCUGUCACAAACAGAAUUAGUUUCUCAGCGGAAGCUUUCGAAACUACAAAUGGAUCAUGGAAAUCUGUAGAUUUCAGUACAAUGACAUAUGACGGUACCAAAUACGAUAUGUUAAGGACCCCAAAGCCGUUAAUGCCAGGGGCACAAGUAACGUGCAAUGAACGUGAUGAAUGUCAGCACAACAACCAUCUUUUUGUUAAACGACAAAACAAGUUAUUCAUAUACAAACAACAAGACGAACUUGCAAUUGUCACGAUUGUAAUACUGCGUAGUCAAUGCGCAGAAAGGGUAAUACUCAAUCCUGUACUUUUCCCCUUUGAGGCAGCUGAAUUAAAGGUACGCCUAAUGCAGCAAACAGAAAGGAAAAAACAAAAGGGAAACAUCAAGGAUUAUAUAUACGUACUAGGUUGUAAUAGUAAAGGGUGGAUUUCCGAGUUAACCCCUAAGCAUGUGGAAAGGUAUAAUGAUGCUUGCUUAAAUAGAGGGAAGAAUAUUAACACAUGGCUAAUUCGGACUAUUGAGCUUAUAAACCAUAAGUUAAAAGGGCUACCAGAAAUUGGUUUAGUAUCGUUACUUGAGCGCGCAGAACAGAAGUGGAUGCAAACAAGGGUAAACAAUGACCCUUUUCCGCAAACUAAGGCGAAAUUUAAAAACCAUCCAACAUACAUACUUGCAUCACAGAUAGGCAAUAAUAGAGUUCGAAAAAAGGAUGCUACACCCUUGGGUUAUGUAAAAGGAGAAGAAGUUUAUCUUUUGAGUGAUUUUGAGGAUAUUAAGUCACGUAGCGCAUGGUUGAAAGUCAACAGGCGGGUGCUAGAUGAUGCCACACCUGUCACUACGCGUAGAAUGUACCAUAAGAGCCAUAGGAUGCACAUGAAUACGAAUCUAUAUCAAUUUAGUCAAACUGAACCUAUUCCUCAGGUAUCAAUGGUCGAUGGAACCAUACCAACAAACGAAUAUGACAACGUAGACGUCACAGGAGAAAAGUUCGUGCCAGAAAGAACUAUCUACAUAAAGUCGAAAAAAUCCGGACUGAUCUUUAAAACUGCUCGUUCUUUGAAUCUGUAUUAUAAGAAGGCUUUUUCUGAAUAUCAGGAAGUUGACACUUUGAAGCCAGAAAUAGAUGGCAUCGUGAUUCGCAGGACUGACUUAAGUAUAUUUUUACGUACAUAUGAAGAAUUGCUUUUGAAUGAAACGAAAUUAGAACAAGAACAAAAAAAGGAAUCAUAUCGCAAGUUGUGGCGUAGCGCUUUCAAAACUAUGCUUUCAGAUCCUCCAUCUGUAGCCGUCCAGCAGCAUCGCAAAAUUAGAAAAGUACUUGGUGAUAGCGUUACCAAGUUCCUCAACAGACUAGAACAUGUCACUUGAAUAUG